AUGACUCAAGCUACUUCUGGAUACUCAGUGGGCAUCGAUCUUGGCACGACUUAUUCGUGUGUAGGUGUAUGGCAGAAUGACCGCGUCGAGAUCAUUGCUAACGACCAAGGCAACCGCACUACUCCAUCGUAUGUUGCAUUCACAGACUCAGAGCGCCUUAUUGGUGACGCCGCCAAGAAUCAGGUUGCAAUGAAUUCGUCCAACACGGUGUUUGACGCCAAACGCCUUAUUGGUCGCAAAUAUUCAGACCCCGUCGUAAAGGCCGAUAUCAAGCACUGGCCAUUCAAGGUGACAGCUGGUCCUGGUGAUAAGCCUCAGAUUACAGUUCAAUUCAAGGGCGAGACAAAGACAUUUCAGCCCGAGGAGAUUUCAUCUAUGGUGCUGAUUAAAAUGCGUGAGGUGGCUGAGGCUUACAUUGGCAAAGAGGUGAAAAAUGCCGUCAUUACGGUUCCAGCUUACUUUAAUGACUCGCAACGUCAAGCAACAAAGGAUGCCGGUGCGAUUGCUGGCCUCAACGUGCUGCGUAUAAUUAACGAGCCGACAGCUGCUGCGAUUGCGUACGGUCUGGAUAAGAAGGGCGGUGAACGCAACGUGUUGAUCUUUGACCUCGGUGGUGGAACCUUUGAUGUGUCGCUGUUGAGCAUCGAGGAAGGUAUCUUCGAGGUCAAAGCCACGGCGGGUGAUACGCAUUUGGGCGGCGAGGACUUUGACAACCGUCUUGUCGAUCAUUUCGUCCAAGAAUUUAAACGGAAGCAUCGCAAGGACCUGUCACAGAAUCAACGUGCUCUCCGUCGUCUGCGUACAGCGUGUGAGCGUGCUAAGCGUACGUUGUCUUCGUCAGCUCAAGCAUACAUCGAAAUUGAUUCGCUUUUCGACGGUAUCGACUUCAACUCGACCAUUACUCGUGCUCGUUUUGAAGACAUGUGUGGAGACUAUUUCCGCAAAACGAUGGAGCCUGUGGAGAAAGUGCUGCGUGACGCGAAGCUUUCUAAAAGUCAGGUACACGAAGUGGUGCUUGUGGGUGGGUCGACUCGUAUUCCCAAGGUGCAGCAACUGUUGUCCGACUUCUUUAACGGCAAAGAGCCAAACAAGUCGAUCAACCCCGACGAGGCUGUUGCCUAUGGUGCUACAAUCUUCUUCUGCUCGACGUGA